CUUUCGUCGUGGCAACGUCGAAGGUUUUACUUUCCUUCAUUUUCUGGCAUUUGGAUAUGGCGGCUAAUGCAAAAGGCAAACGCAAGACGAAGGGCAAGACCCUGGACCUGAACACGUUCCUGGGGGAGGAUCACGAUGCCCCCAGCGGGUUCGCGGUCGUCAACACCAGGCGCAUCGACUGGGCGGACCUCAUGGACAACGAGGACAUAGACGACCGCUACACCCUGGACUUCAAGAAGGACGAGGGGAGGGUGGUGCUCCCCACGGCCCCCAAGGCGGCGAGGGGCCCCGACGUGGACCUGGGGCGCGUGCCCGAGGGGCCCCCCUACACGGCGUUCCUGGGGAACCUGCCCUACGACGUCACGGAGGACGACAUCUCGUUCUUCUUCCGGCAACUCCAGGUGAAGAAUGUGCGCCUCCCCAGGGAGAACGGGGAGAAGGGGAGGAUCAGGGGCUUCGGCUAUGCGGAGUUCAACAACAGACAGGACCUCAUACAGGCGCUGGCACUCAACAACGAGUCGCUGAAGAACAGGGCCAUCAAAGUCAGCCUGGCCGGAGAGCACG